AUGGACUCAAUCAGGAGGACAUAUUCACACUGCAUUAAAUCAAUCUCCAGUGCAGAAUUCUGGCCUCGUACUGAUUACUCACAACCAGAACCCCCUAUCAUCAAGAGACCUAUUGGCCGGCCAAAAGUUCACAACAGUCAGAAAGAUCCUGCUGAGCCAUUGAUGCAAGGUGAAAAAUUGAAGAAGUCAUUCUCGGUGACUUGCAGUAAGUGUCGUGAAAAGGGCCACAACUACAAAACCUGCAAGGGAGCUCCAUCAAACCCCAACUGGAAGUCUAAAACGAAGAAGCCUAAGAAGAAAGGAGGAAGCAGCUCUCAACAACUAGUUGUGCUUCCUUUGUCUCAGUCAGCUCCACCCUCAGUGGAUUCUUCAAGCAGCCAACCAACCAACACACAACCCCUGCAACAAGCAACUACUGUUAUGAGUGUAGCAGGACCAACUCAUGCAAAUGCUGCACCAGCUCCAACCAGAGUUACUAGAUCCAUGCUUGUGAUAGCACCUCCGGUCCCAACAGUCACUCUAUGCAGACCACCAGUCCCAAGUACAACCCCUCUAUGUAAUGCUCCAGGCAAGGCUCGAGAGAUUGUUAGCAACACUUCUCGCCCGAAACCAUCAAAAUUCAGACCAAAACAGAAGAUCUUCAGGCCACCGGCACCACUGGUUCAAGGACAGUCUGGCACAACGCAGGAAGCAGCAGCUCAGAAAGUCUCCCAAAGAACAACACCAAGUGACCCAACAUCUAGGGAAUCAACAUGA